GCUAUUUAGGUUCACUCUUCCACAGCAAUGGCAGAGAGCAGAGAGCCAGAAGUGAGUGGAGAAGUUAUGUCCUCUGAAAUAAUCAAUUUAAACGUUGGUGGGCGACGAUUUUCAACUUCAAGACAGACUUUAACGUGGGUACCAGAUUCUUUCUUCACCAGUCUCCUCAGUGGAAGGAUAUCAAGUCUAAAAGACGAAACUGGGGCUAUUUUUAUCGACCGAGAUCCGAAAUUAUUUUCCAUCAUUCUACGAUUUUUGCGAACCAAAGAAAUUAGUUUGAAACAUGUCGAUAUCUCAACACUUCGACACGAAGCCGAAUUCUACGGUAUUAUGCCCUUAAUACGUCGUUUGGUACUUUGUGAAGAUCUCGAUCACCCAACCUGUGGCGGUGUGUUGUUUCACAGCUAUCUUUCUCCACCAACUCCUCCGCAACCAGAAUCCAUGGAGGGAGGUCAGUCUCAUUCUCUUGUUAGUCUAAUUGAAUCUGAACUAUGUCGACCUGGUGUGGCUCAGAGGGUUGAAGCUGGUGCCAGUAACGAAAGCAGCAGUCCACAACAACAACAACUACAUAGCCAUUCCCGAAAUUCUUCAGUCGAUCUUUGUCAUACUCAUUCCAGACAACCUUCCAUGGAACUUCGACCUAACGCUGUGUCACGCAAUUCUUGUGGUGACAUUCGUCAUUCUCGGAAGUCUUCUUGGGAUUUAAGAGGUAACAAAUUCGAUUCCAAUCGUAUGCCUGUCCAAUCUAUGCGAGUGACUAUGAUACGUGGCCACCACAACUGGAUCUGUAUUGCUUAUUUACAUUUUAUCUCUUGUUUUCGUAUGGAUUCCACAGGUUGGCACCUGAUUUGGACCAGUUUCUAUAUGGAGAACCCAGUCGAAAGAGUUGCACUCAAUGCCAAAGUAAUCAAUCCAAACCAGGAUUUUGCUAACAAAAUGGUAGCUGCUUCCACUGGAAGCACGAUUUGGUUGUGGUCUGUCACAGAUGACGGUGACAGUAGAGAAAUUGGAACAUUUAAUUUAAAAGUAUCGGUAGAUUCUUUGUUUUUCAUUGGUAGCCAACUUGUGGCGCUGAGUCAAACAGGUAAAGUUGGAGUCUGGCAUGCUAUGACUCAACAUUGGCAAAUACAAGAUGUGAUACCGAUCACAAGUUAUGACACAGCUGGCUCUUUCUUACUUCUUGGUUGUAAUAAUGGAUCAAUUUAUUAUAUUGAUAUGCAGAAAUUUCCUCUUCGUAUGAAAGAUAAUGAUUUAUUGGUGACUGAACUUUACAAAGACCCUAGCAAUGAUAUGGUUACUGCUCUUAGUGUCUAUCUAACACCCAAAACUAACAGCCUCAGCGGUAAUUGGAUUGAAAUUGCCUACGGCACAAGUUCUGGUACCGUGCGUGUUAUUGUUCAACAUCCAGAAACAGUGGGACAUGAACCGCAACUUUUCCAAACUUUCACGGUCCAUCGAAGCCCUGUUACCAAAGUGAUGUUGUCUGAGAAUCACCUUGUUUCAGUUUGUUCUGAGUAUAACCAUGUAAGAACUUGGAGUGUCACUCGCUUCAGAGGAAUGAUUUCAACUCAGCCAGGUUCCACUCCACUCGCAUCUUUUAAAAUUGUUUCACUUGAUAGAAUGGAUAACCAAAUGAGUUAUCCUGGUGGACAUGAUUUCGAUAAACUCCCUGGUCCUUUUGGGGAGCAGGAUGAUAAGCAGGUUUUUGUACAACGUGUUGUCCCUGAUACAGAUCAACUUUUCGUGCGUCUUUCUUCUACAGGUCGUAGAGUUUGUGUGAUCAAAUCAGUUGAUGGCAGCCCUAUAAGUUCAUUUUGUGUGCAUGAGUGUGAUGGUUCUAACAGAAUGGGAUCCAGACCCCGACGUUAUUUAUUUACUGGACAUACGAAUGGCAGCAUCCAAAUGUGGGACCUGACCACCGCUAUUGAAAUGAUGAAGAAAGACCAGUGUGCAACAAGUGGUGGCCCUACACCUGCUGAACUUGUCUAUAUUCUUGACCAGUUUGAUUUGAGUAAUUCUCGGUCAUCGACCCCCUGUAUGAGUCCGUCUCCCUCUGUUAUUGCACCUCAUGGAUUUCAACCCAUGGCAUGUCGACAAAGGGCUGAAACUUUUCCUUGUGAUCAGCAACCGGAAGCAGGUUGUUCUGUUGAUGUUGAAGAUGAUGAUGAUUUCGAAGCUGAAGUAUCGUGUUUUUAAAUCUGACGGAAUUGGUGGAACACCAGAGUAAAAUAUCUUUUUGUAUUUCAAGUUCAAAUCCUGCCAAGAAUGAUUUUCUGUUUUCUACAUC